AUGGAGAGCGGGCGGGCCCUGGCGCUCUGCGCCCUGGCGGCUGCGCUGCUGCUGAGCGCCCGCGGGCAGGGCGCGGAGCCUCCGCGCAGAGACCUGGGCACCCUGGGCGGCGGCUCCAGAGAGAAGGAGCUGAUCGAAGCGCUGCAGGAGGUUCUGGAAAAGCUGAAGAGCAAGAGGGUCCCGCACUACGAGAAGAAGUUCGGGCAGGUGCCUCUGUGUGAUGCCGGGGAGCAGUGCGCCGUGAGAAAGGGGGCCCGCAUCGGCAAGCUCUGCGACUGCCCGCGGGGGACUUCGUGCAAUUCUUUCCUUCUCAAGUGCCUGUAAGGGGGGGAGCCCCGGGACAAGCCGCCGGGAGCACAGGCACCGACCUCUCCCCGCCCCGGGCGGCAGCGGCGACUUCCCGCGGCUCCUCCACCCGAGAAACGCAGCGAGAAGCCCCCGCGUCUCCCGUGUAAACGCCGUCCGUGACAUCUGACAUCCGUGGAGCUGUUUUCUUUCUCUCUCCUCCCUUCCCCCCCCUCCCCUCCUUUCCCGGUUUGAUUUUGUCCGUCCAGGAAAAACCCAGCCCGUGCCUUGCCGAAUAGAGGUGCCGGUACCAGGAGCUGCAGUGUCUUACCGGCGCAGAGCCGAGCCGUGCUGAGCCGUGCCGGGAGCGGGGCUGGCCCCGCACCGUGCCCCGGGGUGCCUGGCUCUUCCCGAGGCGGGCAACAUCCCCCCACUGCCGGCCGGGCUGAGCCGGGGCAAGGGGAUCCCCUGGGUGGUUGUGAGGUAGGGGGGGCAGAUGUGUUGGAGGCACCCGGACCCCCUUUCUCUUGCCCCGCAGCUGA